UAGAGAUUUGUCUGUUUACUCGUAUUCCGGUUGAUGGUUCUAAUGCUCCCUUUUUCUUUUGCAGUUCGUCAUCCCAAUACGAUUGCCUAUCCCGAGAAAUUCUUCGAAACUGCCCAACUGAUCGCGACGCAUAGUCAUCUCAGGUGGCCGGAUCUUAGUCGGGAGUGGAUACGUCGGCAGCAAGCUAGGAUCGCUAGAGUUGACUGGGAAUCAAGACUUCCUUGUGUACUCGGUCCCCGCAAAUCAUGUCUCUCCCUGUUUACUCGGAAACAACAAAAGCCCCUCAACAAAGCUAGAAAGAUGGAGGGAGUUCCCGACUUGAGUGCCCUGUUGAAAGGGAAGCUUCAAAUGCUCUCAACGAAGUCGUCUUCUGCCGGUGCCUCAGAGGUCAGGCCUGUUCCCGCAGAUGGAGAUGCGAACUCUGAGCCGCCAGCUCAGAGUUCCCCAAAGAAGAAGGCCAAUAAGGCCAAGAAAAGGAGUGUCCCUUUGGAGGAGGCAUCAUCCUCUGCUGAUGCCUCUGAAGUCGCGGCUAAGAAGAAGAAGAAGAAAAAGGAGAGCAAGAAAAGGUCUCGUGAGGAGGCUUCUGUUGAGGUUUUGGAGACCUCAACUGCCGCGGGGGAUGAUGAUGCGGAAAGAAACGAUCCAACCGAUUCUACUCGGGGAUCAUCUGAGGAACGUCCCAAGAAGAGAUCGAAGAAAACGACCGCGGAAGACGAUGGGACUUCUGCUCCCGGGAUCCCUUCUAGAAGUGGGGGACCGGCUACCGAAACCGGAGAUGACUCACGGGAUGAAUCUCCGUUGAGUAGGGGAGCCCCUUCUUCUUCUGCGAGGAAGACGGGUGUUGAAAGCGGAGGUUCGCUUCUGCAGAAGGCGGGAGGAGGAAGAGGAUUUCCGGAUCGCGUAGAGUUCCUUUACGACGAGGCGACUCCGUUGGUUCUGAAUCCACUUCAAUGUGAUGAACUGACCCGUCAGAUCCGUGGCGGGACCAAAGAGUUGCCGCCGAUCGACGGCUUGUACUUCAAAAAGGAGUACAUUGACGCGGCUAUGGCGAGCAAACGGAGCGAUGGGAGUAUGAACUAUCUUGUUGAGAAGUACGAUAGUACCCUCAAGCAGACGAUGGUUCAGCUAGGCGCGUCGGAAAAACUUGCGCGGACCCGGCUAGGCGUGAUAGAGAGGUUACGCGCUGAGAACAAGAAGGCUAGCGACAAGGCGGCCAAGGAGAAGGAAGUCCUCCGGGUCAAAUUUGCAGAGCUAGAAGACAAGUUAAAGUCUGAUCGUUUUGCAAAAAAGGAUGCUUUACGCGAGAAGGCUCGUCUGGAGCGGUUGGUUGCUUCUCUUGAGAAGGAGAAAACUGAGUUAGAGGGGGAGAGGGAUGCCGUUGUUGGAACGUUGGUCAAGGAGAGGGAACGCUUGAGGAACUCUAGGAUUCAGGAGGUUACUCGUGAAAGAAUCAGAGUCCAGACCGCUAUGACAGACAAAUCUACUCGCUCUUUUGGCCGAGUAAAGGGCUAUCUGGACCAUCUUAACGCGUUGGAGAGGGCCAAGAGUUUAUACGGGCAAGCUUCGGGAACCAAGAAGUGUCUUGAGAUGAUAAGAGAUAGCGGCACGGCGAUCCCGCAGGAAAUGAUAGACAUCUUCUCGGAGCAAGAGAAGUUGCACGAGGCUGAGGCCGCUAAACUUCGCAUCGAUCCGUUCUCAGAAGCUGAUUUCGCCCUCUCUCCACUCAACCUCCCUUCUCGGUUCGUAAGCGAGGAACUGAUGGGGACUCUUGAUCCGUACGGGUCGAAAGCUGGUCUGAUUGGCCAUGAAUCGGCUUCCGAACUGAUUACUUCUCGUGAGGCCGCUGACGACCCUAUUGACGAGCCAAUGAUUGAUAUUUCAUCUGCUUUGUCAAAGCGCGUCACUGUCCCUAAAGGAACUGCGGUAGAGGAGCGUCCCAAAGAGAACGGCCCCGAAGUAGGCGGCAGUGCGGCUCAAGAGGGAACAGGGGAUGUAGCCGUUGAAGACCCGGUCUUAGUUUCCUCGUCUGAGGAACGAGAAGACGACGAGGGGGGCAAUCAGGAAGAGGACAGGUCAUCUCCGGCGCUUAUCGAAGAAGCGGCUUUGAACCCGUCGGCCCCGGACCCUCCUGCGCAGAUUGAAGUCCUCAACACUCACAUUGCUGAAGGGACUAUGGAGUCGCCUGACCUGGAUGUAUCGAACAAGGAUGAUCAAGACGCGGUUGCUUGAUUUUGUUUUCCUUGUUGUAUUUGUUUCU